AUGGCGUGGAGUACGUUUGUCAGUCGAGCCAUCUACGUAGAUAUGGACCAUUUGGUAGAAAUGAGAGCUUGGGCCGAAGAUUUACGAUUGUCAAGUAGUAGUUCUAGUGAUAAGGAUUAUACUAUCAGAAAUGAAAUGAAAAAAGAAGAACUUGCGGAUGAUUGUGAAGAAAAAAUUGAAGUUGACGUUACAAAUUCAUUUUUAACCGAGACGGUGUUCGAUUCACGUCAAUCGUUGAUUGAUUGGGUUCAAGAAACAGGGCGUAAUUUGGGAUACAUCAUCGUUACAAGAAGCUCAUCGAGCUCAUCAUUAUUGUUGCAAUGCGAGCGCAGUGGCACGUACAGAAGGAGGAGAACCUCAACGAAGUCAACAGGCACGAAAAAGCUUGAUUGUCCUUUCAAACUUAAAGGGGUGAAACUACGUGGAGCUGAUGAUUGGAUGGUAAAAGUGUCAUGUGGAAUGCACAAUCAUGCCACUGCAUCAUAUAUGGAGGGGCAUCCGUACGUUGGUCGCCUUUCUGACUUUGAAUUUGAGAUAAUGGUCGAUAUGUCUAGCGAUCGUGUCAAGCCACGAGACAUCUUGGCAUCGUAGAAGAAACGAGAUGCAAAAAAUGCCUCCACUAUUAAAACAAUAUACAAUGCACGACAGAAAUUCUGAACUUCUGAAAAAGCCUGUAAAUCCCACAUUCAGUCUCUAAUGUCAUUCCUACAUGAGCACAUGUACAUUUUCUAUUAUCGAACCGAUGAUAUAACCAACGAGCUCCAGGAUUUAUUCUUUGCUCAUCCAGACUCGUUAGAAAUACUACGUGCAUUCCCAC